GCCAAUCAACCCCCUUCUGGCUCUUCGAAGUCAAACAAAUCGGCAACCUGCUUGUGCCGUGCAAAGUGCAGCCAGGCUCGCUCCCCCGUCCAAUUGACGAGGGGGCGACAUCCUCCGCUUUGACUCUUGUAACAACAGGAGUGCAUCUGCAUCGUGAAUUUUGGGACGACCAACGCCAGAACUUUCAUGUUACUCAAGCCUCAAUUCUGAUCUGUUCGACUCUUCCUUCAUUGCCUUCCACUGCCCCUUGGCAAUCGUGAGCAUCGCCCCAGCCGAGAUCGUCAUCCCCAACGCAUAUAUCCUGCAAUUAUGUCACAACCAGCAACGGCCGGCAUUGUCGUAGGCUGCAUCUUCAUUGCUAUUGGCGCUGCCUUUGUCGGCUACAAAGUGUACAAGCGACUCUGGCACAUUCGGAAUCGACGAAAGAUCGAAGAUAGCUUACCACCGAUACGAGAGCCUUUCGGUGUCUACGCUGCAACAACGCUUCGUGGAGGGACACUAGGUUUACAUGGCGCCCCCAGUGCAGCGGGCAGCACACUCGCCUCGCCGUAUGCGACACUCAAAAAGACGAGCUACGAGGCCGUCAGCAGCGGCGACCCAAACAGCCAGGGCAUCAAUGAUGGGUUAAUUAAGCCACCAUUUGAAUUUACAAGGAACAACUCCAUAACAACCAGCACAAGCGGCACGCCUCUGCCGUCGUCAUCCAAUUCACCGAAAUCUCCACACUCGGCAUUGGCCCCGCUCGGGAAUCGCUCGAUGGACGCUUCCGAGUUUGGCCACAUGCACUCGCGGUCGAUCAAUGGCUCCACGUCCAGCACGAUGGUCCUGCAACGGUCUUACACGCCAAGCCUCUACAAGAGCUCCUCCGCGCUGUCCUCGCAUGCGAGCAGCCUGCCACCGCGGCGCGAGAGCUAUCUUCCACACAACCCUAUGAAUAGGGACAGCAUGAUGAUUGUACCGCCGCAGCCGCUCGGCUUUGGCUCAGCAAACAGUAUGGCAAUGGGCACGGACCAAAAGACGCUUGCUUUCAGCAAGAUGAGCGGAAUAGGGGGUAGAGACGACUUUGGCAGCGCAUUUACGUGGGUCGGACCGGGCGCAGCCGGCGAGGAGCCUCUGGCGAAUGACGCAGCGGCCGACGGCUACCAUCCGCCAUCGCACAUGUCUGGGUUACGGCGCGGCCCGAGCUCGACGGCGGCAGCCGAGCGGGGACAACACUUGAAGAAUGGUCCAAGCAGCAUGCUCGGUGUCACUGGUACGGGUAGCUCCAAUGGCAGUGCUGGGGUAUCCAGGACCUCUUCUCCAGGCGCCCCUUCACAUCGAUCGAUGCAGUAUCAGCAGCAAGCCAGUCUACCCGGCCGGGCUGAUUCGCGCAACAGUCACCGUACGUACAGCUCAGCGGGCGGCGGCGAUGUGCAUGCAUCUGGCUUGCGCUCGUCGCAGAUGCCACAAUACUCGCCAUCAGCCGCUAUCUUCAAAGGGCUGCACCAAUUCACGCCGGCGCAUGGCUCGGUGACCAUGUCCUCGUCCGACAGCACCGGCGCAUACUCGCAGAGUUCCUUACCGCAGUCUUCAGGGGCGGAUCAUAGUGCAGUCGGUAUGGAUGACUCUCCCAUCAUGAGUCCCUUCCGCAUGACAGGGACAUCCACCGGCCCCGCUUUGGCAUACACAUACUCGCAACAGCAGCGAGCGCAGCGGCUGCAAGGGGGCGGUGGCAGCGGAGGAACUGCAAUGGACUCGCUCAGCGCUUCGACUUCUGGGUUUGGGUGUAGCACCGACGCCGGUGGUUCGACACCUUCGACGGGGCCAACCACUCCUUACACCGAGUCCAGCGGGCGACCUAGUCGGAGCUCAGGCAGCAUGCGUUCAGAUGAAUUCAAAGCUGUCGCCGCCACUGCAGGUCGAGGUGCAGGUAGUGAUGGCUCCGCAAAAGAUGGCAGCAGAGACAAGGCAGUGGCAGGGUUAGAGCAAGGUGGCGCACAGCGGGCAACGUAGCAGCACCAAUCACGCUGCUACAUUGCUUAUGGGUCAGAGAUCAUC